ACUUUCGUUUUUCUUUUCUUGAAACUUGACUCCUCGCGGUGCUUCUAGGACUUCGGGUCCAGACUGGGCUGGCUGGCUUUUCCAGGCAGGAUCCAGGAACCUCUUAAUUAAUCCUGGAGUGACCUGGGAGAACCUGGGAGACCCCCGUUGGCAGCCCGGCAUCCAGGAUGUUCACCCUGACCAAGGCCUUGGAAAAGGCUCUUCUUCAGCAUUUCAUAUACACGAAGCUGGACAUCGCCUAUGCCAUCAACAAGCCGUUCCCCUUCUUUGAAGCACUCCGAGACAAUUCCUUCAUCACUGAGCGAAUGUACAAGGAAUCUCUGGAAGCCUGUCAAAAUCUGGUCCCUCUAUCCAAAGUGGUGCACAAUAUUCUCACCAGUCUGGAGCAGACUUUCGACCCAGCGAUGCUGCUGAUAUUGUUCAGCAAAGUCAACCUACGGGAAUACCCCAGUCUGGGGGCAAUUUGUAGAAGCUUCAGAAAUGUUGGCAAUGCCUAUGAAGGGAGAAACAGACCCGCACCAACCCUACUUGGAGCCUUAACCAACCCAGCAGAAGGGUGCUCCUUUCAGACUCUGCUGCCACAGCCCCGACCCCAGGCAUUGCCACCAAGUCAUCUGUCCUCUGGACUGAGAAUCCGUGACCCCGGAACAACCUCACUGCAAAUCACUGAGAUCCUGGAUGAGCAGCCCAGCCCUUCCCACCCAGCUGCUCCUCUCCCUGGCUACAUUCGGGAAGGAAAAACCACUCCAGUGUCCUCAAGAGAUCACCAGAGAAAAGAUAAGGAAGACUCUCAAGAGAUGCCCCACCAUCCCUCAGGACCCGAAGCAGUUGUCAAAGACAUCUUAACAUCCAAGACUAACAAGCGAGAUGGCUCAGGAGCACAGCCUCCGGGUUCUCCUGGCACCAUGCAUGUGGUUCAAGAUGAUUCUCCAGCACCAAAUGACCCGGAAGUGCCCCAGGAAGCUCCCUGCACACCUGCAAACAAGAAAGCAAGAAAAAGAAAAAGUUGCAUCUGGUCUAAUUCCAAAAGAAGACGGCAGAAAAAAAAGCCCCCUCAACAUAAGAUGAUGGGAGUGGCCUCACCUGGACCUGGAGUUCAGGAGAAGCUCAAGGUGGUGGGGCAGAGGACUCUGAAUCAGGAUGACUCAACUAGGAACAUGAAGGUGGUGACCUGGACUCUGAGGGAAAGGACUCGCUGUGCCCAGACAUCCAGAUCUCAAGAGCUCAGCAAGGAAGCAUCAAAACCAAGGGCUAGAAAGAGGCCUCGGAAGAGGCCCAGCACAGCAGGAAGAACCAUACACGUUCCAGAAAAGUCCAAGGACGACGCUGUGGAUUUUCUCUCUCCUACACUCUCUGUGACCUGUGGUGAGGCCAGAGGGACUUUGUUCAAAGAGAAACUGAAACAAGGAUCCUCAGAAAAGUGCAUUCAGAAUGAGGCAGGAGCUUGGCUGACUGUAAAGGAGUUUUUAAAGAAAGGGAGAAAGGCCUCAUCAAAAGACUGGAAGAAAGCUAUCCAUUAUAACAAGAAGACAUUAAGAAGUCUGGAGCAGGAUGGAUUUUUGUUCUGUACCUCCAAAAGUAGGCCUUAAAAAGAGUGUGACUAGCGGAUGAGCUCCUGACCUAUGCUUAGCUGUUGUGUGCUGUCUCUCAGUGUCUGAACUUUGCCUUCGAGUCUCUGAGUGUCCCAGCUUCAUGUUCGUGUAGGGCAACUCAUCACAACUGGUCCAGCACUGAGUACACGCUCCCGAUGCCUUUGUUCACAGCUGACUUGCAAUAGAAAAGUACAUGAAUCUUAGAAAAUAAAGAUAAAGCUGUUAGUGUCUA